GAGCCAUGCAUGCAUUGCGGUAGGAAGCAAAGGGUCGCUCCAGUGAGGGGUUGAGACUGACGACAGGGGUGUUGUGAUGAUUUCUCAACAUUACAGGCACGAAAAGUAGUCGCGUCGACGCUUAUUCGCUCCUCCUCCCACUCCAUCCAUCCACCAUCCCCAACGCUGAAGCGAGCAAUGAGGCCAAGGGAGCGACCAGCGACCCAAGUGCGACGCGCUUCGCGUAUCGGGCCACAUCACAGGCGAGGGCAACACGCCUGUGCGUGCUGCGCGCUGUGCUUCGCGGCACUGGUCGGGAGUCGGAUCGAGGGUGCGCCUGUGCGGGGUGCGCGUUGGGUGUCAGGAGGCUUCUCACCACCGGCAUUGGGCACUCUCCACACUAUCAGGAUUUAUAAACUCAACAGCGAGUCGAUUGAGCAGAGGAAUACGUUGUUUUGCUUGUCGAGUUGCGUACUCGUCGCCGUGGAGGGCACUUGGGCCCAACUGAUCAUAUCGGUGAUCGACGAGGUAUUCUCUACGUCGAACGGCGGGAGGCGGCGUUUUGCGAGGGGGCUUCAGACAUGCAUCGAUCAAGUGGAGCGAGGUGAUGAUGAGCGAUGGUGAGUGAUGAUGAGCGACGGAGAGUGAGAGUGAGGUCGUGAGGGGGGUGCCUUGACGACGGUUGUCCGCAAGGCGAUGACGAUGGAACCAAAG